CUCGUGGACAUGAGGCGCUGUGGACGCUAAAUCAGCACAUCUCUCUGGGUUUACUUGGUGGAAUUUCAAGGAAGAUUAUCUCAGUGGGGCUCUGUGGAGUCUCUUGGGCCCCGUGGAGACGUGUGCCAGUGGUGAUUUUGAUCCCCGAGACUUUGUGUGUCCUGGAAUUGUGUGUUGUGAUUUUGCAAUCAGUGCGAAGAAUAGUGAAGUGUGUGAGGAUUUGCCAGUAAGACAAGCGAGAGAAAGGAUCCUCGCGAAGGCACAAUGGCCACGCUGUUGUACACCAUCUUCGGCAUUACGGCCGGAGCCUCGCUGCAUUGCGCCGUGAGGCGGGAAAUAUCGCCGUGCACGUGUGCACCCCAUGAGACAUUUCCCAAUAGCAUUGUGGUGACCUGCGAACGGAUGGAGACAUUCAGUCAGGUCGUGGACGCUCUCCAGGAUCGCUUUCAGAUGGACGCCGUCAUUUCGCUGACAAUCACUCACUCGCAACUUGAGGACUUGGAGGCGCGGGCGUUUUGGGAGAUGAAUAUGAAUGUGAAAAAUCUACGACUCAACUUUGAUAAUCUCACGCACCUUCCGGAGUCCAUGUUCUACAACAUGUCGCGAACGGAGUUCCUCAGCAUCUCGGACAACAAUCUGGAGGUCGUUCCGGCGCACAUUUUCAAGCACAUGCCGACAUUGGGGACACUGGACAUUGCGCGAUGUCGACUGCAGCACAUCAGGAGCGAGGACUUCCGGUCGCUGAAGAAGCUCCGCCACUUGGUGCUGGCGUCGAAUCAGAUCAAGCGCAUCGACACGGGCGCCUUUCCGCCCAACAUCGUGACUCUGCACAUCGGCAGGAAUAAUCUGGCCACGCUCAAUGGGACGCUGCGUCACUUGAAUGAAUUGAAGUUAUUGUUCAUCAAUUCAAACAAUUUGACCACACUGGAGGACGAGCUGCCGCCAACGUCUCCCAGUCUCAUUCUCGCCCAAUUCAAUCGCAUUCGCGCUCUCCCGCAGAGUUUCAGGAACCUCCCGCUGGACGCACUCUACAUGCACGACAACGAGCUGAGCUCGUUUGAUGGCAUCCUGAAGACGGCCAAGAAUCUGCAGAAGUUCAUUGCGCACAACAACUACAUCGAGUACCUCGCCGAGGAUGAGUUUCAGGAGGCCGAGAGUCUGGAGGAUCUUCAGCUGAGUUGCAAUCACAUCCGCGCAAUUAACGGCUCCUUGUUGCCCAUCAGGAAGCUCCGGUCGGCGAACUUCACCGUGAAUUACCUCACGGAGUUCUCCCUGAAGGAGAUCCGUGGUCUGGACGAUCUGCGCAUCCUCGAUCUGUCUUUCAACAAGAUCGAGAAGCUGGCCGGGCGCAUGGACAAUCUCGUGGAGCCGGAUUCGUUGAUUGUUGAGCUGCACCUCGAGUACAAUUUACUGAGGUCAUUGGAUGGCAAUUUGAUGGGUCUGAAUCGACUCCGGAUACUCAAUUUGUCCAACAAUCGCCUCCAGAGCAUCUCGCCGGAUGAUCUAAUUGGCCUGGAGGAGCUGGAGCACCUGGAUGUGUCCUUCAAUCGGCUCAAGACACUCGAAGAGACAUCCAAGACCUAUUUGCCAUCGCUUCAAUUCUUGAAUGCCUCGUUCAAUUUGCUCACGGAGAUGAAGAAUGAUUUUCACGGAUUGCCAAUUCUCUGUAUGGCCGAUCUUUCCAACAACAACAUCAGCAUCAUUUCCAAGGACCUCGUCGCCAACACACGCUGCAGCAACCACGGAGUGCCGAAUAAGCUCGAGAUCUUGCUUCAAGAGAAUCCAGUGUUAUGUAAUGAAUCUCUCACGGAUCUGGUGACUGCCAUGGAGGAGCAACACGCAAGGAUUCUCGGAGUGGCGCACUGCAUUGUGCCCCAAGAGAUCGCUCUGGACAAUCCAAUCAUGUUGCCGCCUUUGCCACUUCUGCCCAAGAUCGUGCAGAAGCCCGUGUCGAUUGUGCCGAACUCCAUCAUGCAAUCGCCGCCAUCCAUUGUGCAGGUGAUCGUGCCCAGUCCGGUGGUCAUCCCAGUGGCGCAGCCUCUCAUCAGCGGCACCACAACACUGGCGCCCACGACAACCGCGGCGGCCACGACCACGCCUCGGCCGCAGGAGGACACGACCACUGAGGCGCAGCAGUUGCUCAGCACGGCGUCCGAGGUUGCCGCGGAAGUGGUGAGGAUCACAGAGGAAUCGCCCACGACGACAGAAAGGAGUCCGCCAGUGACAGCAGAGGCGUCCUCCACGCCAGCGCCGCAGGUAAUCGUGCAGGGGCUGCACGAGAUGACACACCAAGUGGCGCCGGAGCCGGAGGAGCCCCCCGAAACGCUACAGGACGAGGGGGCGCCACCCGAGAGGUUACCCAGCGAUUGAGGAGGGACGCACACUGACUUCGAACGACAACCAACUAACACUCUCUUAGGAAUUUUACGUAAUACAAAAAAUGUCUUUUCUGUAGGACAGUAGAGGUGAUUAGAGAGAUAGAAGGAGAUGAGAUGACAUGGAUAGAGAUUAGAGAAUAUCGCGUCACUCCUCUAUUCACACUCUCGCACUCUCAAGCACGAAAGCCGCUGCAUCACAUUGUCUUUCUUCAUCUUCAUCAGCACUUUCAUCUUCUCAUCUUGAAUUCUGAGAAAUUUUGCAUAAAGACUUGCAGAAUUCUGCCUAACGACGAACUAAAGAGUGUUAAAAACACAUUAACACCCGCGGUCUGGAGAAUACCAUUGGAGAGCAGAGAAGAGAGGCUCUGAGUGUGAAUGAAGGAGUGAAGAUUUGAUAGGGAAAAAUUAAGAGAGUCUAUUAUUUAAAUGUGUUAAAAUCUUUUAAUCUUAUUUUAGCUGCAAUACUCCCUUUUUCACAUGCUCUAAAAAAAAUUUCAUCACGUAAAACAGAAAGAAAUUUAAAUUCUUAAUUUGUAUCCUUUUUCUUGUAUUUGUCAUAACUCUGUAAAUGUUUUUUUUCCUUCUUUUACUCCAUUUAGAAUUCUUAGAACUCCUAGAAAUUCAGUUUCAUUUUUUAUAAGCCUUUUUUGUCGAGUUUAAUCCUAUAUAAUGGAGAAAAUUUGGAUGGAAAUAUUUGUUAAUUGUAUAGUACAAGAGUUAGAGGAGGUGAGAAAAAAAUAUUCCCACAUUUUUCUUUCAAAGUCCUUUCUUUGUCAUUUUUUUUAGUAUUUGAAUCAUGCUUUUUCUUUCUCUUUUUUUAUACUUCAUAACGUGGGAAGAUUUUUCUACUGAUUAAGGAAUAAUAAUUGCUAGAGAAACGAUGAGAUAUUAUUUGUGAAGCAAGUUAAAUAUUUUUUGUGUGUUAUAGAACAAAAAGUGAGACAAAACAAGCAGAUGAGAAAUCAUCUCUGAGAUGGACCUUAAAAAGCAAAAGAAACCCGUAGAAAUUGUCAAUAAGAGUAUUUAAACAAAAAAAAAGUGCAUAAAAUAAAAGAUAUUUUAGACACAACUUAA